UCAUUUAGCAACAACAUGAGGCAUGAGUGGUAUAAAUCUACCAGAGACAGAGACGGGUGCAGUAUAGGAUCGACAGCCAUGAUCUACAUUGCCAUUGCUGCUGCCAUUGUAGCCGUGGUGGUAAACGGUGACGGUGGACCCGUGUGCCACAAGUGCAGCAGUGCAGCCAGUCCCGAGGCCUGCACUGACGAGGUCAACUGUGAUGCUGAUGAGGAGUGCUACAUGGAGAAAAAGCUGGAGGAUGACUUGAGCACAAGUUAUACUUUUGGCUGCCAGAAGACUAAGGUUUGUGCAGCGCUCGUUGCCGGCCAAGGUCCAGCUAUUGGACGCAGGCGGAACGUGAGGACAGUCCCGGGAACGAGAGCCAAGCGGGCAGUUACCUUGUGUUCCAGGUGCUGUUCUGGGAACCUGUGCGCUACGGGUUUGUGUGGAGUGCCCACGAUCCCGGCAACGAGCCCGGUGUACGUGCAGCUGUUGGGAGGACCAAACGCCUACGAGGGCACCGUGCUGCUGUACUUCAACAACGCCUGGGGCACCAUCUGUGACGACAAUUGGACUGGCAACGAUGCUGGCGUCAUCUGCAAAAUGCUGGGAUAUUCAGCUGUGGGAGCUGGCGGUGUGGGGAACGCAAGAUUUGGAUACUUUUCAAGCGGGCGAAUCUGGUUGGAAGACGUGAGCUGUGUCGGGAAUGAAACAAGCAUUACUCAGUGUCAGAAGAGUAACUGGGGAAUCACUGACUGCUCACAUGCAGAGGACGCCGGUGUAUUGUGCACGUCAGUUUCAAAGGAGGAUGACAUCAUAUUUCUGGCGGACACCGGCCGAGGAGGAAAACUGACCCGCAUGAACCUCCUAUCCGGCAGCUUCGUUGACAUCCCAAUCAACAAACAGUACGCCGUGGGCUCCUUCGACUACGACUCGGUGGAUGGAAGGAUCUACUUCGUGGAGCCGCGACUGGACCAGCUGGUCAGCAUGCACUUUGACGGGACAGACAUCAGGGAACUGAAGCAGCUGAACGCUAAUGCCGAUCUGGAGAAACUUGAGGUGGACCCAGUCAACCGCAUCCUCUUCUACACUGACACCGGCAAUGACGUCAUCGGAUCGAUCAACCUCGACGGAAGCAACUUCAAGAUUGUUAUCAACUCUAAUCUUGAUUCGCCCCGAGAGAUCGCUGUAGAUCCUCGCUCAAAACAGAUCUUCUGGACAGACUGGGGAAAAUCUCCAAAGAUAGAGAGCUCCAACUAUGACGGCACGAACAGGAAAGCCCUGGUGACCACCGGAAUCAUGUGGCCUAACGGCAUGGCAAUAGACUACAAUGACGACAAGCUGUACUUCGUCGACGGGGGCACGCACCUGCUGGAGGUGAUGGAUAUGGACGGCUCCAACAGACGCACCAUCUUGAAGGACGCCGGCGCACACUUCUUUGCCAUCGAUGUCUUCAAAAACUACCUCUACUACACCGACUGGAACCAACCAACGCUGAUGCGGGUCAACAAGGAUGGUAGCGGUAAGACGGCUGUGGGACCACCAGGCUUCAGGGAACUCGCCGACGUCAGGAUACACGAAUACGGAUCUGAUGUCCAAGAGCCAACCCCAUCGUCAACUAUGAACUUAGACCCUGCACAUGUGUUUGUGCGCAUGCUCGGGACGGCGUCAGCAGGUCGAGUGGACGUGUAUGCUAAUGGCGAGUGGGGAACAAUCUGCGAUGACCACUGGGACAACAAAGACGCCAGUGUGGUCUGCUCCAUGCUGGGGUACAACAGAGAGAACGCUCUGGCCACGUCAAAUGUGCAAGUGUCCUCGGGCUCUGGCCUCAUCUACAUGGACGAGGUGAACUGCACGGGAACCGAGACUCACAUCGUACAGUGCGGCUUCACCGAGGAGAACUGGGCCGUGCACGACUGCAGCCAUCAAGAGGAUGCUGGGAUCACCUGUGAACUCCCAACAAUUCCGGACAACUUCCUCAUUUUCACGGACGUAAACAGCGGUGAGCUGCUCAGGAUGGACUUAAACACCUACAGCUUCAGCGUAAUACCCCAGCAAGGAAGCCCCAACCCCGUCGGCCUCGCUUACGAUGAAGUCACGAAACAAGUCUUCUACUCGGAGGUUGUGCCAAACCCAGGCAGUCAAAUAAGGAGCGUUGGCAUCGAUGACACCGGCUUAAAGGUCAUCAAACAACUCAGUAAUGGAAGCAUCCCAGAUGGCUUAGCUGUGGAUUCGACAUCAGCAAAACUAUUUUACACUGACGCCGGAAGUGAUAUCAUUGCCUGGACGGCCCUCGACGGAACUGGGCAGACAAUUAUAGCUCAAGACCAACUUGACCAACCAAGGGCAAUCGUCGUGGACACACAAAACCAGGUGGCGUUCUGGACGGACUGGGGCAGUACGCCUAAAAUUGAGAGUGCUGACUACUCUGGGGCAAACAGGAAGACCAUCGUGUCAACCGGCAUCCAACUGCCCAACGGCCUAGCUAUAGACAUGAAAGCUGGUCGCUUAUACUUCUGUGACGCUGGUACCCAUCAGAUCGAGGUUGUUGACCUUGAUGGCGGAAACCGGAAGGUCAUCUAUCAAGACAACUCGGCUCACUUCUUCGCCCUCGCUCUGUCCGACAAAUACAUCUUCUACUCUGACUGGAACAAAAGCGGAGUGAUGAAGAUCAACAAAGACGGCACCGGCAACUCCAUGGCCGGACCCCCCAACUUCUCCAGGAUCAACGCCCUCGCCGUCUAUCAAGCAUAGAAGCUUCUCCCUACGACAAUGUACUUACUUACCUUUCUACACAUCGUCUCACAAUAAGAGAUGUUAGAUUGCAA